AUGGCUGAGGUUGUGGUCAGUCUUGAUUCUAUACUAACAUUACAGGAGAAAACCAAUAAUUCCUUGCAGACUUCCGGAAAAACAUUAUAUGAAAGAAUGCUUGAUUUGUUGCCCUUUCCCUCCAACGAAGAGAACUCUGCCCAUGGUGAUGUGAUAUUAUCAGGUGAUAAAAAGGGAAAGAGUCGAAAUGCUGGUGAUACAAUAAAAGCUGACAACAAAUAUUCCUCAAAUCCUUCUCCGAAUUUGAAAGCGUUUAAGUUUGCUGAUCUGCAAAGGGCAACUAAAAAUUUUAGUCAAGACUUUCUCUUGGGAGAUAAUGGAGUUAUGUUCUUAUGUUGGGUUGACAAGUUCACAUCCGUUCCUUCAACAAAGGGCGUUGGGAUUGCAGUUGCUGUUAAAAGGUGUCAAGGUCUUCAAGAAUAUGAAACAGUGGUAGGCAUAUUAGGAAGUUUGGCUCAUCCAAAUAUUAUUAGUCUUGAUCACUUCUUAUUUGAAGAUGCACCACUUUCCUGGGGACGACGACUUAUAAUAUUGAUAGGAGUAGCACGUGCACUUGCAUAUAUACAUUCGUCAAGCUAUCAAGUGAUACACCGUAAUGUUAAACCCUCUAAUAGAUUCCUCGAUCAGGAUUUUAAUACAAAACUCGGGGAUUUUGGGUUUGCUAAAUUUGGGUCUGAAAUUCACAAAUUAGAUGCUACUACACGUGUUAUGGGUACCAUUGGUUAUGUUGACCCAUUGUAUGUAAAGACAGGUCAUCUGACUAUGAAGAGUGAUGUCUAUAGCUUCGGAGUGGUAUUGCUGGUAACCCUAACAGGUGAUGGGGCAUGGGGGUCGCCUAAUUAUCAAUUAAAUUUGGCAGAACUGGCAGGUCCAUUCCUAACAAGCAGAAGCAAGCUAGAUAAAAUAAUGGAUCCACGUCUACAGAAAGAUUACCAGCUAAAAGAGUCAUUAAGGAUUCUUAUGUUGGCUAGAAUUUGUCAAAUUGCAGAAAGCUUGAAGGUCUCAAAUAGCACUACUAGAAAAAGAGAUGUGGUUGAUUCAAUGGAUUCUUUUCAUCCGGGAAAAAUCGGUAGCUGA